AUGAAGUCCCGAGUCUCAGAACCCUUGCUCUACACUAUAAAGAGAUCAUCACACUUUUACUCACUAACUCCAAAAGUCCGUACACAUGUUAUCGGUCAGGUGAGCUCCCUGAUGCCCUCCUGCGACUCCCUCUGCCAAAGGAACUCCUUGACACUCGUGCAGAUCCUUUCGUGUACAUAUAGUUAUAUUUGUAUAAGCAAGGAACGGCUCCUUAGGCCUCAGUACAUGGGCCCCUUGGGAAGGCUGAGCUACGACCAACGAUCGGGCGUGAGCGGGGAGUCGUGGGCAGACCCUGAAGUGUUUGAGGGGCGCGCGCACUACCUGGCUCAUCUCAAUCCCCCUGCCAUGUUAAUUAUGCGAACCACCGUCAGUGACGCACACGUCUAUCGCUGUAGGGUAGAUUUCCAUAAUUCAAAUUCCAGAGUGGCGUGGGUUCGACUCCGUGUCAUUGUUCCUCCCAGCCGAGUGGAGAUCGCCACGCAGGUGUCUCCGGUGAUGCCUGGCCAGCGGGAUGACGUUGUUUGCACUGCUGUUGGGGGUGAUCCUCCGCCCAGCGUCGUCUGGCUGCAGAACGGCAAGGUGGUGGACCCCAACAGCACGGUGGGGGAGCGGGGUACCUUCAACAGCCUGGAAGUCGUGGCCACCAGAGAAGAUCUUAAUUUUCCCUUUACAUGUAAAGCAACAAAUAACGACGUCACGGCUCCAGUCUUUGCAAUAUAUUAUAGAAAUGUUACUUGCGGACCGACGAACGUGCAGAUCGAGGCGUCAGAGAGCCCUUUGGUGGAGGCGCGGGAGGCGGAGCUGACGUGCACGGCGGUGGGGAGCAACCCGCCCGCGCACCUCACGUGGUAUCAGCAGGGAAAGAACAUCGAGGACGUCUACGUCAAUGUGACGCGGCAGGACAACGUGACGGUGAGCGUGCUGAGCCUGAUCCCGGGACGCCGCCACCACGACCGCCAGCUCCUGUGCCGCGCCGAGAACCCCAGCCUGCCCAUGGCCACCAUGGAGGAUAUGAUCACGCUCAACGUGGCCUACCGGCCCGUGACCAGACUGGAGGUCGGCUGGCCACAGAGGCCGGACCUCAUGACGGAGGGAAGCGACCUCUACUUGGAGUGCAUCGUUGACGCCAACCCUCACCCCUACAAGGUCAAGUUCUUUCACAAUGGCGAGGAGAUGGUGCACAAUGAGACUGCGGGCGUGGAGGUGCGCACGGCCACGACGACCUACACGGUGGCGCUGCAGCGGGUCACGCGGAGGAACUCCGGUGUGUACCAGUGCUUGGCGUCCAACGUGGAGGGCGACGCCUACAGCGCCAACCUCACCAUCAAGAUCAAGUCGUUCACGAAGCACAAGCAGAGGCUCGGCCCGAGCGAAAGGAGCCUCAGUUUCAUCUUUACGCAACGCAGCUCGCACUCCGCUGACGAGACUUUUAGCCGUGCCUUUAACCGACGCCAAACAAUAGCUCAAGCACACGAGCGUUGCUGUGUCGCCGUGACACGAAAAAGCCUUUAA